AUGCACUUCUCACUCAACCUGGCCGUGGCCCUCCUCGCGGGCCACGUCGCCGCCGACACGACGACCACCAUCGACGCCAAGUCCGACCGCGGCACCUGGGAGGGCUGGGGCACCUCGCUCGCCUGGUGGGCGCGCAAGUUCGGCAACCGCGACGACCUCGCCGACAUCUUCUUCACGACCAAGUCGACGACCUGGUCCGGCGCCAGCCUGCCCGGGCUGGGCUUCAACAUCGUGCGCCACAACGCGGGCGCGUGCAGCUGGAACAGCAUCAACGGCGAGAGCAUGGUGGUGUCGUCGAAGAUGAUGCUCUCGCGGCAGAUCGAGGGCCACUGGCUCGACUGGAACAGCGCGGACCCGGCGUCGACGAGCUGGAGCUGGGGCGUGGACGCGAACCAGCGCGGGAUGAUGCAGAAGGCCAAGAGCCGCGGGGCGAACCGCUUCGAGCUGUUCAGCAACUCGCCCAUGUGGUGGAUGACCAAGAACCACAACCCCUCCGGGUCGGCGGACGGCAGCGAGAACAUACAGAGCUGGAACCUGCAGCAGCACGCCGUCUACAUGGCCGUCGUGGCCAAGUACGCGAAAGACAAUUGGGGCAUCACGUUCGAGAGCGUCGAGCCGUUCAACGAGCCGACGGCGAACUGGUGGAAGGCGGACGGCACGCAGGAGGGCUGCCACAUCGACGUCGCCACGCAGGCGAGCAUCAUCAACUACCUCCGCACGGAGCUCGACAACCGCGGGCUGAACAGCAUGACCAUCGCCGCGUCGGACGAGUCGUACUACGACCAGGCCGUGAGCACGUGGAAUGGGCUGGGGUCGGCGCUUGAUAAGGUGGCGCGGAUCAACGUGCACGGGUACCAGUACGGCAACGGGGCGCGCGACAAGCUGUACGCGCAGGCGGCGAGCAAGGGUCAGCGGCUGUGGAACAGCGAGUACGGCGAGAACGACGCGACGGGCGAGCGGCUGGUGAGCAACAUGCUGCUGGACUUCCGGUGGCUGCGGCCGACGGGGUGGGUGUACUGGCAGGUGCUGGAUGGCGGCGGGUGGGGAGUGAUUGAUGCCGACAACGAGGCGGGCACGCUGGGCGCCGCGAACCAGAAGUACUUUGUUUUUGCGCAGUUUACGCGGCACAUCCGCGAGGGGAUGAAGAUUCUGGACGGAGGGAGUGAUAAUGUGGUCGCGGCGUACGAUGCGGCGAACUCGAAGCUGGUGAUUGUGGCGAUCAACUGGGGCAGUGCGCAGUAUCUCAACUUUGACUUGAGCAAGUUCACGCAGGGCUCGACGGAUGGGGCGAAGGUGACGCGGUGGAGGACGCAGGUGGGCAGCGGUGAUCGGUAUGUGAAGGCGGAUGAUACGGUGAUGAGCGGGACCAAGUUCUGGAGUUACUUUGAGUCCAAGAUGGUGCAGACUUUUGAGGUUCCGAAUGUGAAGUUGUGA